AGUAAACAAACAAUUUGUACAUUUCAUAACAUUUAUUGGUUAACCAACCAAAUACAAAACCGCCUGGAUCUGUCACUGAACAACCUGACUUUAUCCUACAUUAUUUGAUCAUGUAAUGUUCUCAUCUACCCUCAACUGGCUUAAGGAGCCAUUUGCUUCUAGAUAUUAUUUACUUUUAUUUAAAUACCUAAAGAUACAGACUAUAGUGUUAUUAAAGUUACAUGUAGUAUUUAAUUUACAGGGCGAAUUCAACAUGAAGACCGAAGAACGAAAUCAGACUCGAAAUCUUUAAGGAUUACGAAAAAACGAACCAAGGGCAAAAUGUGUAACGAAAAGAAAACAUACCAAUGUGAGCAAUGUAGUUACGCUACUUCCAAUAAGAAUCAUAUAGGAACUCAUCAUAUUGUGGUACAUACUAGAGAGAAGCCGUUUAAAUGUGAGCACUGUAGUUACACUUGUGCCCGAAAACCUAGUUUAAAAUCUCAUAUGAUGACACAUACCGGUGAAAAACCAUACAAAUGUGAACACUGUGAUUACGCUAGUGCAAAAAAAUUUCAAGUACAACGUCAUGUUACGAUACAUACUGGUGAAAAACCUUUCAAGUGUGAGCACUGUAGUUUCGCUACUACCAGUAAGAGUAAUUUGAACCGUCAUAAUAUAGCGAUACAUACUGAUGCAAAACCUUAUAAAUGUGACUACUGUGGUUACGCUUUUGCAAAUAAGAUUUAUUUAAAAGAUCAUAUAUUUACACAUGGGGACAAACUUUACAACUGUGAUCUGUGUAGUUUCGCUGCUACCAGUCAGCGUUAUUUGACCCGUCAUAGAUUAAUACAUACUGGUGAAAAACCUUACAAAUGUGAGCAAUGUAGUUUCGCUACUACCAGUAGGAGUAAUUUGAACCGCCAUAAAAAGAUACAUACUGGUGACGUAUUUUACAAAUGUGACUACUGUAGUUACACUUGUGCACAUAAAGGUAAUUUAACAAGACAUUUGAUUGUACAUUCUGCUGAAAAACCUUACAAGUGUGAGCACUGUAGUUUUGCCACUACCAAUAACAGUGCUUUGAAACGUCAUUUAUUAACACAUUCUCGUGACAAACCGUACAAAUGUCACUUAUGUAGUUACGCUUGUGCAAGUACGCGCUGUUUAAAACGACACAUAAUUAAACAUGUGGAAAAACCUUACAAGUGUGAGCACUGUAGUUUUCUUAGUACCGAUAAGAGUUGUUUGGACGAUCAUAUAAUGAUACAUACUGGUGACAAACCCUACAAAUGUGACCGCUGUAGCUACGCUUGUGCACUGAAAAAUAAUUUAAAUAAACACAUGGUUGUACAUUCUGGUGAGAAACCUUACAAGUGUGAGCACUGUAGUUUUGCUAGUAGCAGAAAGAGUAAUUUGACCCGUCAUGUAACUAGACAUACUAGUGACAAAUCGUAAUAAUGUGAACAAAGUGAGUAAACAUUUAUAACUACCUACCUCCCUAAAGAACUGAAGGAACUGUGGUGUUUAUGAUAACUACGAACACUUUGUCGUUUAAUUAUUAAGAAAUAAUGUAAAUAUAGCCUUUUUAUCUUUCCUUAAAUAACGAAUAUUUUUUUUUCAGUUGCGUAUGGUUGAAUAUGUAGUUAUAAGUUGUCUCUGUAAUUUAAGGCCCCUGACCGGGUAUAGGAAAAAAAUGGCGAAUAAUAAUGUAAAUAUAGAUAUCAGUUCUGUAAAUAUGGUUGUAAGGAUAUUUGAUUUGUAUGUCUGUAUAGGCUGAAAGUGAAAAUAGACGUAUAGAACUAAAUUUGUAUGUUGGGUGUACAUACAAAUUUAGUUCUAUACGUCUUUAUAAAAACAAAUAUUAUUAUUAUAAACAAUACCAGGCGUGGCUCACUCCGCGAUUUCGUCGCUUUGCUACAGGUAGCUAAAAGUACAUCCAUUCGACCCCAAUUUUGGGGCUUUGCUAUAAACUGCGCGUGGCGCUGUCGCCACCUAGCGGCCAAAUAUAUCUGUGCUGAUCGUGACAGACGCGUUUUGUUAGAGAAUGAGUGUUCUGUCUCUAGAUCUAAUUCUGACACAAGUGGGCACUGUUGUCACUCUAAUAACAACAAAUAUGUUCAAGGUUGCCCGUCAAAUAUCAGAAAGCGCAGCCAAAUUCGGAUUGAUGUCCGUUGUCAUUGGAAGUAUUGAAUUCAGAAUAUUAUGAGAUAGUGUAAAUUAUUUGCUUAUGAAACAGUUUUAAUUUUAGCUAUACUUCCCUAUUCGUAUCUCCUUGGAUAUCACGGGCCUAUAAUCCCGGUUUUUUGAUAGGCUUGCGUGGGGACACAGAUCCAACACGUAGAGGCCCCUUGGAGAGCUUUAAUGUCAUGUAGAACGCCUGCUGGAACCCGUUCACAGGUGCAACUAUAGACACCCAUGAACCGGUCUCAGCAGGCAUUGGGACUAUUGUAGCAAAAGUGAAUAGUAUACCGGUCUAUGGAUUGAAAUUUGGGUGGACAAUGAGACUGGGCUAUUGUAAAGAGUUCGGACACCUGCCAUAACAAUGCUAACACACGUUAUCGGGGCAGGUGGUGACUUGCUCGCUGACUAGAUGGGCCCCUGAAACUGCCGUCGUGAAGACGACCACUUCUUCCCUAUUUAUUAUUAUUGUUUGUAUGAAUAAAUAGAAGUUAUUGAAACAGUAUAAUCAUUCCAAUAUAUGAAUUUAUGUAUAAUUAUUUAUACAGUUUUAUUAGAAAACACAAUUCCCCUAAUGAGCGCCACUGUCCAGUCGCAGGGUCUUAAGAUCUUAAGACUUGUUUAUG